ACACUGUUACUGGAGUUGUCAGCUCGGCUCAGGGAAGGUUUUCUCUCCACUCUCAGUCCAGUCUACUGCUACAGACCGACCGGCUGACUGCAUAACAGCGGCAGGAUUUUCUUGCCUUUGUUAGCUAAGUUAGCUUGGAAAGCACCAAGAAAAGACAGAGCCGCAUCCAUGCAGUAGCACCCUGUUUUUGGAAAAUGAUCAUCUGUACGAAUAAAAUGGAGUACCCCCUAAGAACCCAGUGCCAGCGACUCCACAAACAGGUGAUGGUGAACGGAGAGAAGGAGCGAGUGUCGCUGCUGUUCAUGAAGGCUCUGGUCAGCAGGGGGAACGUGGACGCCGUGUCCCAGCAGAUGGCCUCUCACCCUCAGUACUUGGAAAGCUUCCUGCGCACCCAGCACUACAUCCUGCACAUGGACGGCCCCCUGCCGCUGCCGUACCGCCAUUACAUCGCCAUCAUGGCUGCGGCACGACAUCACUGCAACUAUCUGGUGUACCUGCACUCAGCCCAGUUUCUGAGGGUGGGCGGGGACCCUCUGUGGUUGCAGGGUUUGGAGGCAGCGCCCCCUCGCCUUCGCCUCCUUGACCACAUCAACAAAGUUCUGGCCCACCAACCUUGGCUCACUGCCUGCUCACACAUCCAGACGCUGCUGAAGUCGGGCGAGCAAUGCUGGUCGCUGGCUGAACUGGUGCAGGCCGUCGUGAUCCUGGCCCACUGCCACUCCCUCUGCAGCUUCGUGUUUGGAUGCGACACAGACUCAGAUUUUGCCCCCCUCUCCAAAUCUCCUAACGGUACCCCGCCAACCUUUUGCCCCUUUGAUGCUGCAAAUGGCAACACCAACGUGCCUCCGUCGCUCGCCACUCCGUCCGAACACAAAACGCGAAGACGGUCUCUGGACUCCAGUUGUGACAUGGUGUGUCUGAAGGAGAGGAUCCAGAAGUCCCAGGAGGAGCGUGAAAAGAAAGAAGAGCGUCUUCUGCAGACACAAACACUCCAGCAAACAGACAUGGAAGAAGAGGAGGAGAUGAUAUUCUUAACAGACCCAACGCGUUUUAUCACUGACCCUGACUUAUGCUAUCAGGAGUUUGCUCGUAGGGAGGAGGACCACUUUCAAGUAUUUAGAGUUCAGGACUAUUCAUGGGAGGACCACGGCUUCUCCUUGGUCAACAGGUUGUAUUCAGACAUCGGGCACCUCUUGGACGACAGAUUCAGAAGUGUGACUGCCCUUCCCUCGAUGCACUGCCCCGACCUGAAGAGGGCGAUCUGGAAUUACAUCCAUUGUGUGUUAGGAAUACGGUAUGAUGACUAUGAUUACGGAGAGGUGAAUCAGUUGCUGGUGCAGGAUUUAAAGCUGUACAUCAAGGCUGUGGCCUGUUUUCCAGAUGCCACUAAAACUCCAGUGUGUCCACUGAGUUUGGCUCCACUUAAAACCUCAGAACGGAUACACGUUAAUUUACUAAUCAUGGAGGCCCGGCUUCAGGCUGAGCUGCUAUACGCUCUGAGAGCCAUCACUCAGUACAUGAUUGCCUAAGUGCUUGGAGAGGCACAAAGCUAAAGCUCUCCGCCGGUACAGAGAGACCCAGAGAUGCAAGUAUGAUUUCAAAAAACAAAAAACAAAUCUCAACUGCAGACGGUGUAGUGGAAUGAGAGCGCCAUUUUUAAGGACACAGAGCACCAUCGCUUCGUAGCUGUGCCUCAUGAAUGUGCUUUUCUUUUUCUCAGAUUUAAUGUAUUUAAACCAUAGUGUUCCAGGCACCCCCUUCUUCUGCAAACUCUCCUGUUGUGAUGUCCUCUCAUCAAACAUCUUGACUCUGAAAAGUUAUGUGCAAUUGUUAUUAUUAGAGGUGUUUUAAUUUUGACCUGUUGUUCUGUGUUCCAGCUCAGUCUGAGAAACUGCUUGGUUGAAGCAGUGUGUUACAGUGGCCAAUACUCUCCCUAGUUUGAUCAGUCUCCUUUUGUAUUAUCAAUGCUUCCCCCCCCAAAAUAUCUUUUUUUUACAAGUUGAAUGUUAUGGGAGACCAGGGCCUCUGUUCUUUCUUUUUCUUUUUUCUUUUUUGGACAAUCCUUGUCAGUGUUGGAGGAGGACAUUAAGUGGACUGUGACAUUUCGUAUUAAUGCUGGUCAAGAACAAACACAACAGUGACACUGCUCAAAGUUAUCGCAUCACUAUAGUUUCUUUUAAUAAGCACUUUUUUAAACUUUAUAUAUUUAUAAUACAAGGUAGGUCAUUAGUAGACACACAGUGUGUGGAUCUGACGCCUUCUCCACUGUACGUGGAACAAAGAUGUUCGUCAAACUUUCAGACUUUUGUUUUCAACCCCAGAUUUCUGUGUGAAAUAGCUUGAUCCAAGAUAUUUCAGUGAAUUAAUGCUCUUCUUGUGUUCAGUUCAGUGCUAACACACAGAAGGAUUUGAAGGUAAUGUUUUAAAAACACACAAUUUACACUUGAUAAGAAAAUUUGUAACUAAACUUAGGAAGUCAGUGAGCUGCUUCCUACACUGAAAGAUUAAGCUGAGCCAUUCACUAAAUGUUUGUAAUGGGUUAUUUUAUUUUUUAUUCUUUUUAAAAUGUGAUCAAAUCAGAGACUGAAUUUCAGACCAAGUCAUUAAAAACAGAAAUGUGAUGAAUUGGAUAGAUGAAAAAUGGCCAAUAGAUUUGCACUGGUCAUGAGUAGAGUUUCAGUUCAGAUUUUGGCUCAAAGCUUUGUGUUUAAGCUUUUUUGCAAGCUGUUAUCAAAGAUGAUUAUCAAGUCAAAAUCCACGGUACAAUUUGCAAAGCAGAACAAUGUGCAAACUAGUUGUUAAAACACUCGUAUCUUUUUUUUCUGUCUUAUUUUUAUAGUUUUUUGUAAACUAUAGAGUACUUGUUUUUGUUUUGUUUCUGGGUGUGACUGUAGGACCUGCUUAUUGUGCUGCAGCCUGGGUAGGCGUAGAGGUGUGACAGACUGUUUAGAGUUAGUAACUGCAGGAUGUAGAAAAGAAACAAGUGCAUAUCGAGCAUAUAAAGCAAAAGUGCUGUUAACACAGGUGCCUUUAGGCUAAAACUGGGGUGCUGCUGAAGUGGAAGGAUGUGACUACUGGAGGCUGAAUGUCGGCUUUGGUGGCAGCUGGAAAAACAUCCCCAACUGACAAGUUUAAAACUGGUGGCUUUUCCCACAUGAAUGGGAAUGCUUUUUCUUGGUGUUGGUCAGCAGCAUUUCCGAUUAAAAAUUACGGCCGUGUUUUCUAUCAGACAUCGAAGAACCCCAGCAACUCAGCAAAGAGCCUUUGACACGGAUGGAUGUUCAAAAUGUUCAACUUGAGCAGAU